AUGGGCAUUAUUAAACAUGUGGCAGUUAUAUUGGACGUGUCUGAAGCGAGCUUGGAGCAACAUGUCUUGGAGAGGGUGCGGCAGUUGGACGAAGACACUGUUGUUCGUCGCCUCUCCGAAGAAAAGGCGGGAAAAUUGCCUGAUUUUAUAAAGCUUUCGGAGGACAUUAUAGAAAAGAACGAUCUCCGGAAGAGCGGGGAAGGUAGUGUUGAGUCCAUACAGCGCUUCGUAUGUUUCGUUACAGACAAUAAGACGAGACAAAACGGCAUGGUUGCAUAUGCAAUGCACUGCCUGCAGAUUCCAGUUCUGUCACUUACGAAAGGCCAGAAGGCGAAAGGUAAUGAUGAUGCUGAGCACUGGGUGUCCACUAUAUUAUACAAGGAUCUUGACGGGUCGCACACUGACCCCCUCGCUGCCGUCAACGAGUUCUUCACGUUUCCUGAUAAAGUGGGAGAACUUCUUGCGGUUGAGGGGAGGGACAGCCAAUUAACCCUACAAUAUUGCCGUGAACUGCGUAGUUACCUUCAGCGUGCGUGGAGUGCAGAGGUGAAGCUCGUGGGGCCCAAUGGUUGUGACAUGUCUGAGGAAGGUUUGGACGGGACAAAGUGUGGAGAGACGGAUAAUGUGGAGGAACAGGUGGAAGUGGAGUCUGGAAUCCAUGCCCCACUGGUUAAGGAGCUUUUGGGCAACAGCCAGCUUGAGAGCACCCAUCAAAAUGACCAUCUUUUGCACGGGGCCAUGUAUGCACUCAACCGCCAUGAAAAUCUUCCAAUUAUUCGAUACCGUCUGCAGCGAGGGGUGAAUAUCAUUCUGUGCCGCCCGAUGUCCUCUUCCCUUGAGAAGCUGUUUAAUAAGUUUUCCAGGAUGCGAGGGGGAGCAGAGGAUGUGCGGCGGUCAUUUAUUGACGCCGUGAAAUCGCUUCUGCAGUUUGAGGGUCGAUGGCUUGACAUGCCGAGGCGGAGAGUGGUGUUGAUACGAGAGGGCGUGGCUCACAGUUGGAGCGCUUGGCUUGGCAAUGAGGUGAUCCACCCGUUGGUUGAUUGGAUACCAGUUGACGUCAAAGCUGGUAAUAUCGCUGACCAUUGCGCCUCCCUAGAGGCGAGUGUAAAGAAGGCGGUGCGACGGCUUUCCCGUUAA